CCGGUGUAAUGUCCAGGCUGCCUGAAACUGAAAGGAGUGAGUGCAAUUCAAAAACAGUGACAUUAACUUGCCGGGUCUGAAAGCUUCAGGUGCAUCAUGUGGGCACGUGUGGGUUUGAUGGGUUCAGUGGCCCUCGGGUCACUAUUCUGGUCUCAAAAGAAUAAAACUGAAGCCUCUCCAUACGAGCUUAAAUUAAUUCAAGUUUUAUUCAGACAUGGAGCAAGAACGCCGCUGAAAUCUAUACCAGAUGUUUUGGAGGCACAAUGGGUCCCUGAGCUACUUGCAGCGCCUGCUCACACAGAAAUAGACUAUAAGGUUACAGACCUGCAGGGGGGGCCCAGACCCCCAGCUCCUGUGGAGGACAGCUACAGAGCCAAAAUAUUGACAGGUGGAACUUAUCCAGGUCAGCUGACCACAGUGGGCAUGCAACAGCUGUACGAUCUUGGAGUGAGGUUAAGAAAGCAAUACAUACAGGAAGAGCCCUUCCUCACACCUUCUUUCAACCCUAAAGAAGUUUACAUUCGCUCUACAAACAUUGUCCGCACCAUUGAGUCAGCUAAGUGUUUGGUGGCUGGACUGUUCCAACAGGAGCAAACAGGUGUUGUGUCCAUCCUCACUGAUAAGGCAGAGAAAGAAAUCCUCUAUCCCAACUAUCAUGGAUGCAAGCUGCUCAAGCAGCUUAUUGGUCCUCGUUGGGUAGGGUCAUCCACGCUUCCUGACAUUGCUGCAGACCUACAGAGCAUCCAGAAAGCCUUGGGGGUCGAUCCUCAGCAACGUCUUGACUUCAUUCUCAUUAGAGAUGACAUGGUGGCCAGAGAGACCCACGGCCUGCCGCUUCCUACAGCUCUGGAGAACUGGAGGAGUCUUGUGGAGCAGAGAGCAGUGGAUAUGAUCUAUCACAUCUAUGAGCCCAGUAAUAGGCAGAAUUUACAGCUAUGUGUGGGUCCGCUUUUUGACAUUCUCCUAACCAACAUCGAGAACAAAAUUCAAGGCACAACCUCUACACCAGACAGAAAGUUGUUCCUGUACUCUGUGCAUGACACCACACUAAUGCCAUGUCUCAUGGCUUUGGGGAUUUUUGACAUGAAAUGGCCACCGUAUGCAGCCGACAUCACACUGGAGCUAUACCAGCAUCGUCAAACUAACCAGCACUAUGUUAAAGUGUCCUACAUUGGCCAGGACCAAAUGAUUCCAGGCUGCAGUGACGUCUACUGCCCGCUGAAUGAGUUUAAGAAAGCCAUGGCUGUUUACACUCUACCUGACGAACGUUACUAUGCCCUCUGUGACAGUGUUGCUGACCAUCCCAAACUCUGACCUCUUACUAGCUCUCAAUUCUCACAACAGAAAACGCACAGAUGGGUCUCUAGAAACCUCUGGAGCUCAGGUCUCUCCUACAUGGAUUCAAGUGUUCAUAUUAAUGAAAUGGCAAUAUAGAGAGUCUUAUGUUUAAAUUGUCUAUUGUUUAAGGCAGGGGUGCCCAAACUCAGUCUUGGAGAGCCAAUGUCCUGCAGAGUUUAGCUCCAACUUGCCUCAACACACCUGCCAGGAAGUUUCUAGUAUGCCUAGUAAGAGCUUAAUUAGCUGGUUCAUGUGUUUAAUUGGGGUUGGUGCUAAACUCUGCAGGACACCAGCCCUCCAGGACUGAAUUUGGGCACCCCUGGUUCAUGACUCGAUAUGCACUGCGGAUAAACGUUUCUCCAUUUGUUAAGUCGGUAAACAAAUUCUUUUACAGAUACUUAUAAUAUUAAGCAAGCAUACAUUUCGCAGCCAAGAUAUUGAUAAUGUGUGUGAAUUUGUGUACAACUAUUCAAAUGGGAGUUAGUGUGUGAUGUUUUCAUUAGGUGCCUUCAUUACAGAGUAUCAUCUGAAAAUGCUGAAAAUACGGAUUGUGCUAAAACCUCAUAAUUUUAAUAUCUGAUGUUUUAACAUCAAAUUAAGUGCUGUUAAAUGUAAUAUGCAAGCAGAAAUGGUGAAAACUUUCAUAUUCACUACUGAUAUGCAUAUUAAAUACAAUGAUACAAUAAAAAAUCUUAAG